AGAAAUGGAAAACGCAUCACCAUUGGAUCCACCUGGUUUUCCAAAACCAUACAUUCUACAUCUGAAACCACUAUUUCCUGCUUUUACUCCGCGCACACACACACCAUAUCACACAUACUACACAGGGAUAAUUUAAGAAUCAAAUGCGAUAUUUCAUAUCUAUCUCUCGCCCUUUAUAUAUAUAUCGCGUUUUUGUGUGUGGGCAAAGAGACUAGGCAGCCGAGGGCAAGCGCGCAUAUGUACGAAAAUGGCAAAAACCAGAGCGGGUAUUAUUCUCACUUUAUAGAAUAGAAGAGUAUAUAUAUAUAUAUACAUCUAUAUAUAUACUUGCGUGUUUGUGAGAGUGUGUGUGUGUGAGAGAGAGAGAGAGAGGGGAUAUAUCAGAGAUGGGGAGGGGAAAAGUGGAGCUGAAGAGAAUAGAGAACAAGGUGAACCAGCAGGUGACUUUUUCGAAGAGGCGAUCGGGACUGCUGAAGAAAGCUCACGAGAUUUCUGUCCUCUGCGACGCCGAUGUCGGAUUGAUGAUCUUCUCCACCAAAGGAAAGCUCUCUGAAUAUGCUACUGAUUCCUGCAUGGAAAGAAUCCUCCACCGUUAUGAAAGAUCUUCGUCUGUUGAUGGGCAUAAGGCACCUGAUCUUCAAUCUCCGGGAAGCUGGAAUGUAGAACUUGGCAAGCUUAAGACUAGAUUGGAUGUUUUGCAAAAAAAUCACAGCAGGAAUUUAUCAGGAGAGAACUUGGAAUGUCUGAGUUCGAAGGAGUUGCAGAACUUGGAGCAUCAACUUGAUACUUCUCUCAAAAAACUUCGCUCUCGAAAGAAUCAUCUCAUGAAUGAAUCCAUUUCAACGAUGCAGAAGAAGGAUAAGUCAUUGCAGGAGCAAAACAACUUGCUUUCCAGAAAGAUCAAGGAGAAGGAGAAGGAGAAAGAAUUGGGUGAAGAAACGGGUCCAGCCCAGAAUCAGCACAUGUGUGUUGAUGUGGAGCAGCACCUUAGCUCUUUGAACACCAGUGAAACAUACGAGAACGAGGGAGACGUUGGCCAAAGUGAAGGUUGUAAUAACAAUGAGGUGAUCACGACGGCGCCGCCGUGGAUGCUACGCCACAUCCAAAUGCAAGGGCAAAACGGGCAGACGUAAACUAUGAUAAAUAGAGCUUGCUGUAUGUGUGUGUAUAUAUAUUGUGUAUUAUAUAUAGAACGUUAUGCGUUUUGCAGAGGAGAAAGAAGUGAAGCAUAGUUUGGCUACAUAAACAAGUUUACAGGUCAUGAAUAUGUUGCAAUAUAGUGUAUGUUUUUGGAAACAGAUCGACGUAUGUACCUGCACCUGCUUAAGGAAUGAUAUAUACUCCACUUUCCUCUUCAA